AUGGUAUUAUUGGAAAAGCAAUGGGUGAAUGUCCAAGAGAAGACCUUUACAAAAUGGCUCAAUAACAAGAUCAAACCCCGUGAAGUCGCCGUCAGAAGCCUCGUCACAGACCUUUCCGACGGCAUCAUCCUCAUCCACCUUCUCGAGAUCCUCAGCAAUGAAUCCCUCGGGCGAUAUGCGGCGAACCCUCGCCUCCGGGUGCAGAAAUUCGAGAACGUCAAUAAGUCACUCGAGUUUAUCAAGAGCCGCGGAAUUCAGAUGACAAACAUUGGUGCAGAGGACGUGGUUGAUGGGAACCGCAAGAUCAUUUUGGGGCUGAUAUGGACGCUCAUUCUGCGGUUCACCAUCUCCGACAUCAACGAGGAAGGCUUGACGGCCAAGGAAGGUCUGCUGCUGUGGUGCCAACGGAAAACGGCAUGCUAUGAAGGAGUCGAAGUGCGGGACUUUUCAUCCUCGUGGAAUAAUGGGCUCGCCUUUUGUGCGCUUCUGGAUAUCCACCGGCCCGAUCUGAUCGACUUUGACAUGUUGGAUAAGUCGGACCACAAAGGGAACAUGAAGUUGGCGUUCGAGAUUGCGAGCAGAGAGAUCGGCAUCCCGGACCUGCUCGACGUCGAAGACGUGGCAGAUGUCCCCAAACCCGAUGAAAGAUCACUGAUGACCUACAUCGCCUACUGGUUUCACGCAUUCAGUGCCAUGGAGAGGGUGGAAAAUGCAGGCAGACGAGUCGAGAAGUUCGUGAGCAAUAUGCAAGGCGCGUGGGAAAUGGAGUCAGCAUACGAGAAGAGAAUGCGUGCCCUCCUGCAACAGAUCCGACAACAGCGCCAGUCCUGGCGCGACUCGCAAUUCCAGGGGACGUAUGCAGACGCGAAGGCUCAAGCCAAUGCGUUGGCCAGCUACAAGCGGAGCCAGAAACGCAAGUGGGUGGCCGAGAAGUCCGACUUAGCCGCGCUGCUAGGCAACAUCAAGACCAAACUCUCCACGUACAGACUGCGUCCGUACCAGCCACCGCCAGAACUGAGACUAGAAGUGCUCGACCACGAAUGGGCGGCAUUGGGGACCGACGAGCACGCUCGAAGCAAGCUGAUCAAUGAGACCAUCCGAGACAUCAAAAACGCGUUGAGGAAGACCUUUGCCGAUAAGGCCAAUGAUUUCGCAUUGACCCUGAACACGCUCUCCCUCGCCGUCUCCGGACUGGAAGGUGAUGUCGAGGAUCAACUGAAUCAUGCCCAACGUCUGGCCGACAAUCUUGGUCCGCUCGAGCAAUACCUCGAGGGUAUAGCGAUCCUCGAUGAGAAGUGCCAGGAGGCCAACAUUGACGAAAACGAUUACACAACAUACACGUACGACGAGCUAUUAUACGAGCUCAGCCUUGUCAAGGCAAGCGUGCAGAAGAAAUUGACAUUCCUCGAGAAUCAAAUGGUUGCUCGUAACAUGACCAACCUGACACCAAUUCAGCUCGAGGAAUUCGAAUCUGUGUUUCGCCACUUUGACCGUGACGGCACCAACGCACUCACGGAGCUCGAAUUCAGCGCCGCGCUGGCCAGUCUGGGACUGGUGUACGACGAGCACGAAAUGCACGACAAGUUCGUGGAAGUCUGCCACAGCGGCAUCGAUCCCACCAUGUCACCCGUCUCGCGUCGGCAACGAGAGUCCCGUGGCGUGGGCUUCGAGCAGUUCAUCCGGUUUAUGGUGUCCGUGACGGAAGAUCAGAACAGCUCAGAACAAGUCUUCCAGUCGUUCCGCGAGGUGGCGGAUGGGAAGCCCUACGUCACGGAGAUGGAUCUGCGGCAUUCACUCAUUCCCGACGAUUUGAUUGAAGAUCUAUUGAGCAGUAUGCCCGAGCAUACCGGGCCGGAUCUGGAGGCCGACAGGAACGUGCCCAAGUAUGAUUAUAUUACCUUCAUGCAGGGCAUGAUGGGGGAUGGGCAGCACAGAGACCAGCCGGAUCGAGGUCGCGCGAAUGGCGUCGCAACGCCCACAACGCCCAGGAGGUGA